ACUAGAGGCGGUCAGGGCACACAGCUGCCUUUACGAUAAAUUAUUAAAAGAAAAGGCUUGGGAUGCCGUUGCAUGCGCUGUGGGAGUACCUGGUAUGUAAUUGUAUAUAUGUAUAUGUAUAUAAAUAUAUAAAAAAAUUACCUUAUUUAAUUCUUCCAAUAGCGACUAACUGCCAAACAAGGUGGAAGUCUCUCAGAGACCGCUUCGUCCGGGAGACAGGCUUACAGAAGAAGAAGUCAGGAUCUGGUGCCGAAGAUGGAGCCACAUGGCAAUAUUUGGAAGCCAUGGAUUUUAUGCGAGACUUCGUUGCUCCUCGAAAAACAUUUUCCAAUCUGGAUUUUACUUCACAGGAGGAGGAAAUAAACGGCAUCAGCCCGUGCAACGUGACCGAAACCUCUUAUUAUGAGGAGUAUGAAGUAAGCUCUCCUCUUCCUUCUGUUCCGGCAAACGACACGGAGCAGUCCAACAGCGCAAAAAAAAAUAAACGGCGUCGUGUAGAAGACGAGGCGAACGAGAGGUUCGGAUCACUAUGCGUGGCGGUCAAUGAAUUUGUUGGCUCCAAAUCCGAAAGCUUUAAUAAUAGCCGCAAUUUUGAGUUUUAUAAAGUUCUGGACAGCUAUGUAUUGAAACAUCCGGAGCAGGCCCAAUCAAAGUUGUGA